UUUUUUGGAGUCGAGAAUUUUUUUACAGUCGAGAAUUUUUAUGGCAGUCGAAAUUUUUUUCGCACCAAUUUUUUCCGCGUUUAUAGGCUCAUUAAAAACAAUAUGGCGACUGAAUCUUUAUCAGGUGCGAGAGAGAUACUUUCGCAAAUAUUUAACCGCAUCGAAAAAUUUUCGGAUGCCUUGGCAAGUACCGGGGCAUCUUCCAAUAACUAUGCUAGUGUUGAAGUCCACGACUCGGUUAAGAAUGAAGUAAGAAAGACGUUUGGACAACAUUCAUUAUCAUCAGGUAUGGAAGUAAAUCAACCAAGUAAUACAACGCAGUCGCACUGCACAAAUCAUGCAUCCGUCACAGCUUCCUCUUCACAUCUGGCAACUCCUUCCUACAAUACCAGAAGAUAUUUCGGUGACCAACGGUCAACUAUGAGAUCAAAUCGUUGGAGAAAAUGUUCUAAGUCGAAAAAAGUUAGUACUGGGCCAUUCUCGCGUGAUAUUAUCUUACUAUCAUGUCCAGAUGACAAGAAUGUACCUCAUCAAGGAGGAAAAGUUUUUCUGCAGGAAAAUGAUCACAUCAUCUGUGCGUUUGAAUUUCACAAAGAGUGGACUGACAUUGACGUAGAACUUGAAAUACGCCAAGCUUUUCAAGGAACCCUGCCUGAUGACGUGGAAAUUGAGAUUGUGCAUUCUCUCCAUACAACACUUCUCAAACCUACAUUAGCUCAAGGUCAAUACUUAAAUGGUUCUGUAAUCAACAGAAUCUUUAGCAACAACAAACCAGUUUAUAUUAGGCCCUGUAGACAAAUCCUAAAUCAGUCUACAAAUAAAGAGAAACGUAAAAGGUAUAGUCUUCCAGAAAAUGUGUUUGACGAUGUUGAGGACGAUGAAUUAUGGAGGUUAUCAAAUGAUUCAAGUCUUAAUGAAAUCUUAAUUAACAAUUUUCAAGCAAAUCAAGCUCAAUUUGGAGAAAUAAAUCAAGCUACUGGGGUCAUAGAUGAACCCUUGAAGCAACAUGAAGCCAUUAAUGAUAAGCAGCUUGAUGAUGCUGAAAUGCAAAACAACCAGUGUGAAUUGUUUGAAAUAAACUUGGAAGAACCAUUUGAUUUACAAGAUGAUGGAGACGUAAAUAUUGAUGCAGAUUGUAAAUUGUACAGUGGUAAUCAGCUUCAGGAAAACAAUCGCUUGGUUAAGGAAAUUGCCAUUAACCGCCACAAUGUGUUAGCAGACAUGAUUAUUGCGUUCAAGGACAAAAGUAUUUUGUCGUGUUGCCUAGACGGAAGAGGCUCUGGUGUAAAACGAGAGGCGCUUAGCAUAUUUUGGAGUUAGUUUUAUAACUCACUGGCUACUGGUGCUUCCGAAAAAGUCCCAGCUAUACGUCAUGACUACCAACAGAGUGAAUGGAAAAGUAUUGCUCGUAUUCUUGUUGCAGGAUUUAUUAACUUUGGAUAUUUUCCUGUUACUUUGUCCAGUGCAUUUAUUGCUUCUUGUCUUUUUUCGGAGGACGCGCUUCCUAAGGAUUGGCUAGUAGAGUCUUUUCAUCAAUAUAUAUCAAAGGACGAAAGUGACACUUUAAAAAGAAGUAUCAGUGAUGAAUGCCCUGACCCGUCAUUGGACGAAGAUGUAGCUGACGUGCUUUCAAGUUACAAGUGCCGCAGGGUGA